AUGCUGACUACUUUCGUUUAUUUUCUGAUUUCCUUCAAAGACUUUCAGCUGAAAUAUUAUGAGCACAUCUCCACCCUUCCCUCACUCACUCACUAUCUAUCUUCAUUAUCCGUUCAUCUCAUCUUCAUUAUAUCUAUCUAUCUCAGUCCGUUCAUUAUCUAUCUAUCUAUCUAUCUCAGUCCGUUCAUUAUCUAUCUAUCUAUCUAUCUAUCUAUCUAUCUAUCUCAGUCCGUUCAUUAUCUAUCUAUCUAUCUAUCUCAGUCCGUUCAUUAUCUAUCUAUCUAUCUCAGUCCGUUCAUUAUCUAUCUAUCUAUCUAUCUAUCUAUCUCAGUCUGUUCAUUAUCUAUCUAUCUAUCUAUCUCAGCCCGUUCAUUAUCUAUAUCUAUCUCAGCCCGUUCAUUAUCUAUCUAUCUAUCUCAGCCCGUUCAUUAUCUAUCUAUCUAUCUAUGUAUCUAUCUAUCUAUCUAUCUCAGUCCGUUCAUUAUCUAUCUAUCAGAUUUAUUUAUCUAUCCUGUUCACAUCUCGUUGUAUUCUUAUGUAGGUAGCUAA